AUGCCCUCUUCACAGACCAAUUCACCGGACGACUCUGACUAUACCGAAUCGUAUAGCGAUUACGGCGGCGACUCGCACUACGGCGGCGACUCGCACUGGGGCGACGACGAGGACGACGUCGGGCCCUCAGACUCGGCUUCAACCAGCAACGAGGGACUCCCUUACCAGCACGCCCCGCCUCGGCGAAGCCAGCGUGUUGUUCCCGCCGGUCACUGGAGAGACCAGCAUUCGCCAGGACCUGCCCACCUACCUCACGCACCCCCCAACAACAUGGACCAUGAGGUGGAAUAUCGCCAGGGACGGACCCGCGCCUAUCAUCCGCAGUACCAGCCUCAACAGCCCCCGCAACAUCACCCUCGCCAGCAGCACCGUGGCUACUACAGCAGCGUUGGCGGCCGCGGUUACCCUGCCGCCGGUGGCCACGUCUCUCCGUACAACAACAUGGCGGCAUACGCCAACAACGGCAUGGUUCCUUUUGGCCAACAGCAGUUUGGCGGUGGCCCCUUUGCCCAAGCUCCUUACUUCAACGGAGCCGGCCGAGGCUAUGACAUGAUGCCAUACGGCAGCUACUACGGUGACCCUUCCCAGUACGCCAUGCCCGCCAGCAUGCAGCCAUACCACAGGCCGCCGCCGGCCCCUAGCAGCCCUCCGGAGCAACCCAGCCAGGCUGUCGCCCCAGUUCCCAAGGAAGACCCCGAGAAGCUGCGUCUUGAAGCUGAGCUGGCUGCCUUGAAGGCUGUAGAGGAGGCCAAGAGGCAGGCCGAGAAGCAGCGCGAGAUAGAAGCCCAGAUCCGAAAGGAUGCCGAAGAGGCAUUCAAGAAGAGGAUGGAGGACAUGAGGAUAGCACAAGAGGAGGCCCGCAAGGAAAUUGAGCGGGCAAAGGAGGAGGCCGAGCGUGCCAUGCGGGACCGUAUGGAGGCCGAGAAGAAGGCUCAGGAGGAGCAGGCCAGGCAGCAGGCCGAGGCCCUGAGGCGGGCCGAGGAGAAUGCCAGGUUAAAGUUUGAGGCCGACCAGAAGGCUGCCGAGGAGCGCAGGAAGAGGGAGGAGGAAGAUCGCGCGAGGGCCGAAGAGGCCGCGCGCAUCCGCCUCGAGGCCGCCAUCAAGGCUGAAGAGGCCGCCAGGGCCGCCGCCGCGCAGAAGGCUGCCGAGGAGGCCGCGCGUAUCAAGCAGAUUGAGGAGGAGGCCAAGCGCAAGGCCGAGGCCGAGGCAGCAGCCAAGGCCGAGCAGGAAAAGGCCGACAGGGCCGCCGCUGCUCAGAAGGCUGCCGAGGAGGCUGCGCGUAUCAAGCAGAUUGAGGAGGAGGCCAAGCGCAAGGCCGAGGCCGAGGCAGUGGCCAAGGCCGAGCAGGAAAAAGCCGACGCGGAAGCCAAGGCGGCAGCAGAUGCUGCGGCCAAGGCAGAGCAGGACAGGCUCAAGGCCAUGUGGCAGGAGGAGGCCAAGAAGAAGGCCGAAGAUGCGGCCAAGAAGAAGGCAGAUAAGGCUCCGAUCCGGUUCAAGGACGCCGUCGGACGAAAGUUCAGCUUUCCCUACCACCUCUGCCAGACAUGGGCGGGAAUGGAGGAGCUCAUCAAGCAGGCCUUCCUACAGGUUGAUGUGCUGGGCCCGCACGUCCAAAAAGGCCAUUACGACCUGACGGGGCCCAACGGUGAAAUCAUCCUGCCUGCAGUGUGGGACAAGGUGAUUGAACCCGACUGGAGCAUCACCAUGACUAUGUGGCCCAUGGAGAAGACACCACCGGCGGGAUCUCCGCCGCCACCACAAGGAGCCGCCGUCCCUCCUCCCCCUCCUCCUCCGCCGCCGGGCGGUCGACGCCACGGCGCCCCCGUCAAUGUACCCCUGGCUCCUAGCGGCUUUCACAAGCGGGCUACAUCUUCUAUGCCACCCAACAUUAACAUUGUCAAUGCGACGCCUCACAAGCACAAGAGCAAGAAGAAGGAUGACACCCUUUUCAAGUUUUUUGCUGGAGCUCCGACCAAGAAGAAGAAGUGA